AUGUAUGACAUUUAUGCCGACAAGCGGCCAAUGAUCAUUGGCGUCGGGUUUGGGACAUGGGCGGUCGCCAUACUGGUGCUCCUUCUGCGCAUGGGUAGCCGCAAGGCGAGAGGCGUGAAGCUCGGCCUGGACGACUGGUUAAUCUUAGGAGCUGUUCCCGGUUCAAUCAGUCUUGUAGGUGCUAUGGGUGGCUUUGCUGUGAGCAAAGGAUUUGGCAGGCAUAUCUGGCUUGGCAAACCGGAUACCAUUAGAUCGUGUGCUAUUGCACUCUUCAUUGGAGAGCUCUCCUAUGUCUGGACAUUAUUUCCUGUCAAGAUGUCUAUUCUAGCCUUCUACUGGCGAUCUUUUCGCGUCGAGCGUUCCAUUAGAAUACCAAUCUACAUAUUGGCGACUGUGAUCACCCUCUGGGCGAUGGGUGUGUUCUUUACUACUCUCCUCAAAUGUCGCCCCUUGCAUUGGAAUUGGGACCAAUAUCAAUACUGGAGUCAAUACAACUCCUGGAACAUGACGACGAAAAAUCAAUAUAAAUGUGAUGUGAAUCAGAUUAAGUUUUACUACGGAAAUGCGAUUCCCACCAUAGUCACCGAUCUCGCCAUGGUGUUGCUCCCGAUCCCAUACGUCUGGAGGCUGAAAAUGCCAAAGCCCCAGAAAAUUGCUCUGGCGGGUAUUCUUAUGAUAGGACUUUUCGUGACCAUUGUCUCCGUCGUGAGACUUUGGUCUCUUGUCCGCGUCAACUUGGAAGAUCCUGACGUGACAUGGAAUGCCGUGGACGCAGCCCUGUGGACAAUCGUUGAAGUCAAUAUCUCAAUCCUUUGUGCUUGCCUGCCCUUCGUCAAGCCAAUUUUGACCAAAAUUAGCAAGGCCCUUAAGCUCCCGAAGUUCUCCUUGCUGUCCUCUCUCGGAUCAUUUACGCGCUCAAAGAAACACUACCAGUCUAAUGAAGAUUCUCAAGGCGGCAACUAUAGUCUUUCUAUGCAAACGGACGAGCGGCCCAUCACGUACAUGGCUCAUGACCAUAUUGCCGAGUAUAAGCCAGAGCCAGUGUUCCAUGGGUGGAGCGAUGGUACUGGAGGCGUGCCGAUGGAGCUUCAGCCUACAAAUGAUAAACUGGCACCGUUUGUCUAUAGCUAUCAACGAUGA